UUAUAAGUUGCCUUCUGCUCUCGGUGAUCACCAGAGUCACUGACACGCACAAACCCAGAGCCGACAAGAUGGUUGAAUGGACAGACUUCGAGCGGGCCACCAUCCAGGACAUCUUCGCCAAGUUGGACUAUGAAGACGUGGGCCCCGCUACUCUCGCCAGGUGUCUGGUCGUCUACCCCUGGACCCAGAGGUACUUCGGAAACUUCGGAAACCUCUACAACGCCUCCGCCAUCAUCCAGAACCCGAUGGUCGCGGUUCACGGGAAGACGAUCGUCCACGGUCUGGACCGGGCCGUGAAGAACAUCGACAACAUCAAGGACACCUACGCCGAGCUGAGCGUGCUGCACUCCGAGAAACUGCACGUGGACCCCGACAACUUCAAGCUGCUGGCCGACUGCCUGACCAUCGUGGUCGCCUCUCGCAUGGGUUCAGACUUCACCGGUGAUGUGCAGGCUGCUUUCCAGAAGUUCCUGGCCGUGGUGGUCUCCUCCCUGGGAAGACAGUACCACUAGAGAGCUGCUGCUGCUGCUGCAGAAGAAGAAGAAGAGAAGAACAUCACAUGCUGAUCAUUUGUUCAGAGGCUCGUUGUUCCUUGUCUCAGAAGCAAAUAAAACAAUAAGCACAUGAAAA